GCGACCUUACGAUGGUUAUAUUUUUCUAAAGUGCACGAGAGGUGCGCGUGCGUCUGCUGCACUCUUGUAAAAUCGUUUUAUUGGUCCUCGGAGGAUGGUGCGUUCCCGCUGCGUUCAUAUAUGAAGCUUGAAGAGGUCGUUUUCCUGCCGGUUCCCAAAACCUCGCGUCCAUGAACGACUGUUGAUCCGGUUAAUUCGCUCGGUUACCGGCCAGUGGCGGGACGCGCACGAGCUCCUUUGGCUUACUGUGAUUUUAGUUGUUUUAUGUUUUAUUUCAGGUUUACGUCUCCGCGCGACCGCGCUGGUUUAGGUAAUGUUAGUUCAGGUGAGUCUUGGUUGGUUUGGGUUGUAGUGAUUUUUUCUGGUUUAGUUAGUUCAGGCUUAAAUCUCAACGCAAGUCAGUUAGGUUUGGGUUAGUUAUAACUGAAUUUUAAUUUCUCAGCAUGGGCAUGUUGUGUUAGGGGUCAGUUUACUUGCAGGUCAGGUUGAGUCAGUUCAGCGCAGGUCUGUUGGGUUUAGUUCAGUUUGACAUGACAGGUCUGUUGGGUUACAGAUAAUUCAGGUGUCAGCUAGGUUUAGUUCAAUUGUUGGUUUAAAUUUAGAUUGAAGUUAUAUGUGUUGUAUGAGUGUGUGUGUACGUUUAGUACAUGCUUGUUGGGUUUAGAAAGUUCUCAGUGAAAUCUCAGGUGAUUUAGGUUUAGUUUAGUUCAGGUUUGGUUUAACCUCUGCCGUGAUGGCUAAGGGUGAGUGGAAGAAGUCUGGCACAGAUGAUCUCCCGUUAACCGGCCGUUCUGAGUGUGAAGUGUUCGAUGAUGGAACCAACACAUUCUUCUGGAGGGCACAUACCCUGACAGUGCUGUUCAUCCUAACAUGUGCUCUGGUUUAUGUGACACUAUUGGAAGAGACCCCACACGACACGGCGUACAACACUAAAAGAGGAAUUGUGGCCAGUAUUCUGGUCUUCCUUUGCUUUGGAGUAACACAAGCUAAAGAUGGUCCGUUCUCACGUCCUCAUCCAGCAUAUUGGCGUUUCUGGCUCUGUGUUUCUGUUGUGUAUGAACUCUUCCUCAUCUUCAUCCUGUUUCAGACAGUGCAUGACGGCAGGCAGUUUAUGAAGUACAUUGACCCAAAACUUGGCGUCCCUCUUCCUGAAAGAGAUUAUGGCGGAAACUGUCUUAUUUAUGACCCUGGACAUCCUGCCGACCCCUUCCACAACAUCUGGGACAAAAUGGAUGGAUUUGUUCCUGCCCAUUUUCUUGGCUGGUACAUUAAGACGCUGAUGAUCAGAGACUGGUGGAUGUGCAUGAUCAUCAGUGUGAUGUUUGAGUUCCUGGAGUACAGCCUCGAACACCAGCUGCCCAACUUCUCUGAGUGCUGGUGGGAUCACUGGAUCAUGGAUGUGUUGGUGUGUAACGGGUUGGGCAUUUACUGCGGCAUGAAGACUCUCGGUUGGCUCUCCAUGAAGCCUUAUCAGUGGCAGGGAUUGUGGAACAUCCCAACAUACAAAGGGAAAAUUAAGCGUAUCGCCUUUCAGUUUACCCCAUACAGCUGGGUGAAGUUUGAAUGGCGUCCUGCAUCUAACCUGCGAAGAUGGCUGGCGGUUUUGGGUAUUAUUUUCAUGUUCCUGUUGGCAGAGCUGAAUACAUUUUAUCUGAAGUUUGUAUUGUGGAUGCCUCCAGAGCAUUACCUGGUGCUUUUACGGCUUGUCUUCUUUGUGAAUGUGGGUGGAGUGGCAAUGCGAGAGAUCUACGAUUUUAUGGAUGAUCCGAAAUUCCAUAAAAAGUUGGGCCAGCAAGCGUGGAUUGUGGCAGCCAUCACUGUUACAGAGUUUCUGAUCGUGGUCAAGUAUGAUCCGACCACAAUCAUGCUGCCAAUCCCCUUCUUCGUUACACAGUGCUGGAUACUUGGAAUCGUCCUCAUCCUCAUUUGGACUUUGUGGCGGUUCUUCAUCCGUGACAUCACACUCCGAUACAAAGAAACACGCCGGCGCAGACAGGAAGGGUCUUCAGACCGGGACAGAGUCCCUGGACAUGCCGACGGCAGCAAUUCUGCCACAUCAGGCCGUAGCAAACUAAACGGAAAUAUGGACACGGUUCGACACAGGAAGUCAUGAAUCCAUCCGUGCACACACUAACAGCCGUGCACUACACAUCGCGACUGGACACGUUUGUGUUUAUAAUCAUGUUCAGAUCAUGCCAACGCUCAUGGUGUCUGUCGAGCGGCAUCCAAACAGCCGAUGCCAUCAUUUUCUCUCCCCGCGGAGAGGGUUGUUAUGUAUAUUUAGGAAAAAUAUGUCUUUGUAGCUGUUACAUAGGUGAGGCGUUUAGGGUUCGGGGUCCACUGUCCCUGUGGUUUCGGGUUUAUUGAUCGGUGCUAUGCAGGAAGACACAUUUCGAUGCAGAACACUAUGCACGGUAGAGGAAGUGCACAUACAGCCAUUAAUGAAUAAAACUACUAUUUUUAAGUUACAUUUAGCGGGUAGGAGCACAGUAAACGUCCUGCUUGAGCUACAACACUAUAUUUAAAAAGCUAUGAGAAUGUAAUUAUCUAAUCAGCUGUGUUCUUCUGCUACGCUUAGGAGGUUAAAGGAAGUUAGCGUGCUUCAAGCACCUCACACACGGACAAUCCUUCUGAUCUGUUUGACACGGGUCAGCGCCAUGACUGGACCAAAAUCAAAGAACUUUACUUUCCGUUUGCAUGCGUGAAUGUGUGCGUGAGACCAUAGCGGCCAUUAUGCUGAUGCUGUUUUUAUUUCUGCAGGGAAACCACAGACAGAAACUUAUGUUUUGGGUUUGAUAAGUAUAAAAAAAAAUCAGGAAGUCAUCCCAAAGUUCACGUUGUAAGUGUAUUGGGCCGUUCGUGUAUCUGGUCACAGUGAGUGGGUUGUGUGCUGUUGUGAUGUGGUAGUGCGUCUGUCUUCUGAUAAUGUGCAAGUCCAAAAACGGCCUGAUCCGAUGUAUCAAAUGCCAUUAUAAUCUUACUGUGAAUGUAAACGUCUAGCGCUAGAUCGACUUAAGCGCAAUGCCUGAGCUGUUACUGUUUCGCAUCAUGUUACUGAAGGUGUUUAGGGGUUAUUUUUUAUUUGACUAUGAGGGGAAAGUUAAAAUCGCAGUAUAUGUUCACGUCCAAAUGAUCAGGAUUAUCUCUCUGAAAUCUUUGUGGGACCAUUUGAUGCUCUGUCUGCCUCUGCUUAUAGUGGUUCAUGUAAACAUGUUACAUAGAAAUGAACUGAGUUCAUAUUUUAUAAUGUUUUCAAUAAAUAAAAAGGAGUUA